UAAUCGUUGGCGAAAUGGCGGAAGUGAAGUUGGUGUUAUUGGUAUAGGUGGAUUAGAUAAAAUCUGUAUUAGUAGCAAUAGGAAUAGUGAAAGUCUAACAGGAGUAGAGGGUAAGUUACAAAAAGAAAUGAAUCUACCAAAAGAAUUUGACACAAAUCUAAAAAAUAAGAAGUUGACAAACAAAAUAAAGGAACAAGCAGUUAGUGCACAAAAAGCUAAACAUAAAAAACAAGCAGUUCGUAGCUCGCUUGCACAAUAG